AUGGGUUAUAUCGACGGGAAAUGGGUACCGUUGAUCAUGAUAACUGUGAUUGACAUAUGUGCGGGAACGGUUAACGCUUUGAUUAAGAAAGUUCUUGAUGGAGGCAUCAAUCCUAUGGUUAUUGCUACCUAUCGUUUGGGUAUUUCCACCUUAUUUCUUCUUCCAAUCGCUUAUUUUUGGGAACGGAAAACAAGGCCGAAGCUAACCAUAAGCAUCUCGUGUCAGCUUUUUAUCAGCGCACUUUUUGGGGCGAGUUUGAUGCAAUAUUUCUACUUGCUUGGACUCUCAUACACUAAUGCCACGUUGGGAUCUGCUUUUUGGGGCAUAAUGCCUGCCCUCACUUUCAUUAUGGCUUUAAUAUUUGGGUUCGAAAAGCUAAACAUGAAAACAAAAGUAGGAUAUGGCGUCGUUCUUGGAACUUUGAUAAGCUUAGGAGGAGCUUUACUUCUAACGAUGUACCAAGGCAUUCCAUUAUCCAAAUUGCAUGCACAAUCAACGUCCUCACACGUCCACACAGGACAUGAGAAUUGGAUCAAAGGUUGUGUGCUUUUAUUCACAGGAGUUACACUUUUCAGCUCUUGGAUGCUUAUACAGGCCAAGAUCAACGUGAAUUACCCUUGUCCGUAUUCUAGUACCGUUAUGUUAUCAGUUUUUGGUACGUUUCAAUGCGCCAUUCUUAGCUUGUUUAAGACUAGACAUUUGGACGAAUGGAUCCUCAGAGACAAACUCACCAUCAUCACCGUCAUUGUAGCGGGCGUGGUUGUACAAGGAAUAUGUACCGUGGGAAUAUCGUGGUGUAUUAAACAACGAGGACCGGUCUUUACCUCAGCAUUUAGUCCUGUCAUACUUAUGUCUGCAACUUUAACUGAUAUCUUGUUUCUUCACCGAACGAUUUAUUUGGGAAGCGUGAUUGGAUCUCUGGUGGUUGUGAUCGGUUUAUACGUAUUUUUGUGGAGUAAGAGCAAUCAAAUAGUAGACAGUAAGACCAUGAAGUUACCAACAAAUACAGUAGAAGAAGAAAAGGAAGAGGAAGGCCAUACAAAUGUUAACAAAGGCCAAUUUUUGGCUAUGCCCAUGACUCCUUGA